UCCACAUACACGCGUUGGCUUUUCAUCCGCCUCUCUCUCUCCCUCUCUGUUGGUCGCUUCGUUCUUCACUCUGCAGAUUGCGCUUCCCAUUCCGAACUGCCACUUCCAUCUCAAAAUAUGAGCACUGCUCUUGGCAGAAAGAUCAAGAUCGGAAUUGAAGGAUGUGGAAGGCUGAAUCGCUUUUUUACGAGGCUCGCUCCUAACGGCCCGGAUGCCAAGAUACUUCCAGUGCUGCCCUACAUCAUCUCAAAGCAGGAUCAACAAAGACUGGAAUCUAGUGGUAUGAAGUCUUUGAGGAUGCUUGCACUCCUUGGAGCAGGUGUAUCAGGACUUCUAAGUUGUGCUACAGUAGCUUAUUCUUCUGAUGAGGCGGAACAUGGCUUGGCAUGUCCUGACUAUCCAUGGCCUCAUAAAGGAAUUCUCAGUUCAUAUGAUCAUUCAUCGAUUCGCCGGGGUCACCAAGUAUACCAACAAGUGUGUGCAUCCUGCCAUUCAAUGUCUCUAAUUUCAUAUCGUGAUCUUGUGGGUGUUGCAUAUACCGAAGAAGAAACGAAAGCUAUGGCGGCAGAGAUUGAGGUGGAAGAUGGGCCUAAUGAUGAGGGUGAGAUGUUCACCCGUCCCGGCAAGCUAAGUGAUCGCUUUCCUCAGCCUUAUACAAAUGAACAAGCAGCAAGAUUUGCUAAUGGAGGGGCCUAUCCCCCAGAUCUAAGUCUCAUCACUAAGGCCCGUCAUAAUGGUCAGAACUAUGUAUUUGCUCUUCUAACCGGUUAUCGUGAUCCUCCUGCUGGUGUCUCGAUACGAGAAGGACUUCACUAUAAUCCUUACUUUCCUGGUGGUGCUAUUGCGAUGCCCAAAAUGCUCAAUGAUGGUGCUAUGGAAUAUGAAGAUGGUACCCCUGCAACAGAGUCACAGAUGGGGAAAGAUGUUGUGACAUUUUUGGCAUGGGCUGCUGAGCCAGAAAUGGAAGAGAGAAAACUGAUGGGAUUUAAAUGGAUCUUUGUGCUGUCACUUGCACUUCUCCAAGCGGCAUAUUAUAGACGCCUGAAAUGGUCAAUCUUCAAGUCUCGAAAGCUGGUUCUUGACGUUGUCAAUUAACCUGAACAAGGGUUAAGUAUCUGGAGAGACAUGUUUUGGCAAUUAACGGUUGUAGUAGAUGAUUUUUUUGGUACUUAUUUUUGAUCUGUGACUCAAAUGGCCUAGCAAGUACUUGUUGAAUGGAGAAGAGCCUCCAUGCAAUUGGGUUCAUUUCCAAUAGAAUAAUAAGCGACUCUUGUACAUUUUACACCAGUUUGUCUGUUAUUUAGUCCACUUAUGGACGUUAUAAUUUAUUGGAGAAUUUAUCUUCCUUGUGAGUGUGCUAAUCUGCACCAAAUAUAUGUCUCUUUCUGUUUGAUGUA